AGCGGGAGCGAGAGGUCCGCGCAUCAAAUUCUGCAUAAAAUAGGACUUGGUGUCACUUCGCUUGUUCUGUGUGCAAAUUUGUUGCAGGAAAAAAGUGUGCCGGGAAUCAGAAGUAGCAGGAAUACGACCAGAGCUAUCGAAUAACGUUGUCAAAGCUUGCCGGAGGCUCGCACUUGUCGUCACGACAAACGCGCAACAAACUCAUUAACGAUCGAUAGAAUCAUUUGAUUUGUUUAUGUUAAAAUUUGUGCGAGUGAGUUUGACGUUCUUAGAAAACAAGGAUGCUUUUCCAGUAAAAGUGAAAAAAAGAAUACCUUAUUGAUUAAGAAUACACGCCAUGGAUGUUCCAUUGCAAUGAAUUAUUUUCGUUUCUCGUUUAGUUAGCUUAAAUUAAAAAAAUGAAAAAAAAGAUUAUUUUAAUCAAAUCCAUUCGCCGGUCACAACUGCAACUAGUAACAAUUGCAAUAAGGUUUUAGAGUAACUCGUCAAUGUCCACAGCUAGUCCGCAGUGUACAGCACUCGACCCGUGAUACUCGAUUUGUACGGUUUCUUUUAAUUUGAAAUCUUUUCAAUUUAGUAAAAAAAUAAUUUAGUGUGUGAUCCGAACUGAAAUUGAUAAAAAAAAAUCCUUUUUUUAUAAUAUUCGACUUCUUGACAAACCCUGUAGUGAUCUUAGUGCAGGGACUUGUUGGUUUAUACAUUAACAAUUCAAUAUUGUGCAUGUAAUAGGCCAUAAAAUAGAAGAGCCAAGAACAACGUAUAUCACACGGCAUGUGGAGCUGUAACCCGCGAGGGUGACAUAUCAAGAAUUUCUGAAGAAAAACAAUUUGCCGCAACUCUGCUGUGUCUGAGCGUGUCGUUGUGUCAUGCCCGGUUUUAUUUUGUUGUCACUCAAACAAGCGCGCUCCAGUCGAUGUUGCUGCUCGUAUUGCAGGAAAUUGCCGUGGGCAGUGGUGUGUGUGUCGGUAAAGGUGUGGUGUUAAAAGUUUAGCCAAAACAUUAUUUUUGUUCCCCUAUUUCGAUGCGCAAACUAAAUUCGCUUGAAUAAGCUGUUUUUCACUCGUGUUUGCCGCUAAAAGUGGGCUAAAUUAUAGAUUAUUGAACAGUGUGGUUGAUUCAUAACCCCAUAAGUGUGUGCGUGUGUAUGUGUGUCCGCAGUGUAAAUAUGUUUGAUGUUCCCCGUUUAUUUGCGGCGUGAUAAUAUAUAGUGUCAGCGUAAAGCGAUGAUUAUUGAACAAUAGUAUCGGAACAAAGUUUUCAAAAGUGACCAAAAGUGUUUUUUUUUUUACUCGUCGAUCAGCAUUGGUCUCAGUGUCUUGUUUUUUUUCUUUCUUUCUUCUUGCCACUAACUUUCCGUUUUUCUCUUCCAUUCCUGUUCGAAGUGUGGCAUCGGCACCACAAGGUUAGCUGCUAGCAAAUGACACAGGUAGCAUGUUCUGCUGUCGCUAAACCAUUGCUUUGCCCACCACAUGCAUUUACAUGUUUUACGAUUUUUAUUCAUCUCAAAAAAAGGGAUGAAAAACUAGUUCGAUGAUGUUUUUUUUUAUUUCAAUUGUCAUUGGUGUGCUUUGUGUGUAUUAAAUUAGAAGAACUACAUUUUCAGUCUGUAUCUUUCAUCAACCGGGUUGUAUUUACAUCCCCACUUGACAGUUGCGUUCAGCCAUUUUGGAUUUUACCAAUUGUGUACAAACAAUCAUGCAGCGAGAAUGUGUGAAUUUUCGUUCUUCCUUUUUUAAAAAGUUCAGCAUCGUUUAAACCUGUUUCUACAUUUAUUACCAAAAUACUUCAGAGUGUUUCAGUUAAUGUAUUAACAAAUAAUCUCAGUAUCAGUAGAAAAGACAUACAGCAGGAGCAGCAGGGUAAGCACGAAAUCGGUUGUUUACAUGUUUUCAGGCUGAAAAUAGGGUUGUCUAUUUGGAGUAUGGUUUGACCAUGGAGUGUUGGCUUCAGCUUCAAAAUAUUAAACUGCGUAUAUAAAAAAAAAUGAUGUUUUUUCGUUACGCUACUACUCCCCCCCCCCCCACAUUGGUUGUCGAUCAGAAGUGUUGUUUUAUUUUAUUUUCAAUUCCUCGCAAAGUGAAACAUAUCAGAGCAAAUAACCGAAGCCGAUCGGAAAAGUGGCUAACAAUGCCACUGCAAUGGAAACGAAAUGCUUAUUUUUCAAGGUUGUUACACUGUUGCUACACGACACCUCGUUUGCGAUAGUCGCAUGCCACCAUCUCAUCUGAAGAGAUGGACAAAAUCCUGAUUUUUUUCUAAACACGAUAGGCUUGUACGAAAGGCUCGAACAAAGUUGUUAUAAAAAAUAUUUUUAGCGACUUUUACUAUCGCUGACUGUCACAAAUAUUGUUAUGAAAUUAUUUAUUGAAACAACAGUGGAGGCAUGAUUGUUGGCUAGUCAAAAAAAUAUAAUUUGGUUUAGAUGUGAUAUUAACAUAUAAGCAAAAACAUUUUGUUUAAACACGGCAAAAGUAGUUAAUUAAUUAAAUUAAUUUAAAAGUACAUGUAGUCCCAAGAUACGCUAAUUCGUAGAUGCGUUUUUCUAAACAUUACAGUUUUUUUUUAGCAAAUUGCAUAGAUGUGACAAAUACAUUGUCGAAGUCUCGAAAGCUUGUAGAGGCCGGUACGUCCGCGUAGGACGUUACGCCAAAUAGAAGAAGAACAUUGUCGAAUGCAAAAUAAAGUCCCUUUUGGCCGAAUUUAAAAAAAAAAUCAAUAAGGUCCAGUCAGUGGUUUCUGGAGAACAAAUGGUUCAGUCAGAAUCCUAGUCAAAUAAUUAAUGUAGUGGCUAAAAUAUACCAUUUGAAGCACAUUCACACAAAAAUUGUCUAUAUUUUAGCUGAAAAAAAACCAACAAAUUCAACUUACCCGGAAAUUCGAGAUACGCGGUUUUUUUUUCUCGGUCCGCCAUAAUGUAUAUCGGGGAUAACCAGUAAUGUGUGUUGCAUUUUCAUAAGGCACGUAUCUAAUCGAAGAAUUUUGUUUUAAUUAUUGUCAAAAUAAGAAAUUCGCGUGUUACUAGUCCCACUAAUUCAUUUGCGAAGAAAAAGAAACCAUUUUGAUUUGCAUUUUAAAAGCUUAAAUGACAAUUAUAAUCUAAUAAUCUAAGCUGUCAAACUGUCCAAGCAGUCAGUCUUGCCAUCCCUGGGGUACGUUUAUGCGCCCUAGAAUUCGGUCAAAUCGUCGCUUACGAUUUUCUCUGUGGAGAUAAUCUUGAAGCCACUGAAGUGUUUGGCUAAACCUUCGUCUCCUACCACACAUCGAAGUCGUCGCGCCCCGUUCGGAAUCGGAAACAUCGCAAAAAGCAGCCGAACACGACGGGUUUGUGAGUGAGUGUUUGAUUGCUCGUCACCGCCGAGGGCGCAACCGAUGUGUUUACGGACAGUUUAUGUCAAACUUUUUGGUUAACGUGUACUGCAGCAGCGUGCGUGUCUGAUUGACACACACACAAAAAACCAACAAAACCAACAAAAGGAGUCAAGUUGCAUACAUAAACACUCUGCGGCAGUGAGUGACAUCGGAAGCCUCGAUUUGAUUUGCCUGGCCCCGGUUGAGCGGCGUUUAAAGUACGAUGCGAAAUAUUAGCCGCUCGUUUGCCUCACUAAACCAAACUACUAGCGAGCAGCAGUGGUGUUAGGAUUCCUCCGUGGUGGGUUACCUUUGCAAUCCUGCACUGCGUGUUUGUGUGUCUGUGAGUGUGUGAAAUCCGCGUGUGUUACGUAUGAGCUAUUUAAACAUGUCAAGCGCAGCCCAGGACUGUUUACCGCCGCGCGGCAACAAUGGCGAGAUGAAGCUGAUCAAACAGGAACCGCAACAAUCAAUCAAUCAGAGCGACGCGGGCAGCGGCGGCGAUGCCGCCGGUAGUGCCGGUGCCGCCGCCCAGCAUUUGGUGGGCAGCUCCCCCUCCUCCACCUAUCAAAAAUCGUCAGCAGCCACCUCAAGCAACAGCCACCCGGCUACUACACCGCUCCGCUCAAGGCGCACGUCGGCGUCCUCGCCCGUGUCCUCGCCAUCGCCCACGCUGUCGACCGCGUCGGCGAAGCUGAGCAAUGGCGCCGGCAAGGUGGCGGCUUCCACUGCUGCGACCGGUGCGACCGGCAGCAGCGGCCCCUCCUCCCGCGUGGCUGCCCUUCCGGCGGCCGCGCCAGCACCGGCAGCACCGUUGCCGGCAGCCGGCAGCGGCGGGGGCGAGCCGAGCGUGAUGGGCCUGUCCGGCCCGAACACGGCCAACUAUCACAACUUCAUCGGGCGGCUGAUCAGCAAAGACAACAUGCUGCUCAUCAGCGAGGACGUGAUCGAGGUCGGCCGCAACUCGUCCAAAUCGCAGGUGGACUUCCACGUCGGCAAGAACAGCUUCAUCUCCCGCAAGCACUUCAUCAUCCAGCACGACAUGAACGACGAGUUCACGCUGUUCUGUCUCAGCAAAAACGGCGUGUUCAUCGAUAACGUGUUUCACCGGAAAAGCGGCGAACCGUACAAGCUACCAAAACUAUGCAGCAUCCGUUUCCCUAGUACAAACAUCAAGAUCCAGUUUGAAAAUUUGAUCGACCAGGCCAACAACGGUAUACUGGUGGACCUGAACGAGCACACGCCGGUCAAGAUCGGUACCGGUCCGGUCGGUGGCAUCCCGCUGCACGCUGGCUCCAUCAGCGGUGCAUCGAUGAGCGGCGGCAUGUCGCAGGGCGGCGGCGGCGUCGGCGGCGCCAGUGGCAACAGUAGCGGCGGCGUUGGGCUAGCUGGCAGCGGCCAGCAGCACCACUACCACCACAACCGUGGUGGAAAGUCGCCCUCCUCCAGUGUGAUUUACGCACCGCUCAAAAUUUCAAUUCCCUCCGAGCACGGUGGUGCGGUCGGCACGGUCGGUCUGCUCGGCGAUGUAUCUCGCGGCUCCGUACGGGGCGGCGGUGGCGGUGGUGGUGGAGCUGGCAGUGGGGGAGGCGGCGGCAGUUGUCGGGGCGGUGAGCUGCACGGCAUGGGCGGCAGCGGAUACCCGUCCCCUACCGGGACGAUCAGUGCUGCGAACAGUUGCCCCACCAGCCCACGGCAGAACGUGCACGAGUUUGCCCAGUACAGCAGCAGCAAUCACCAUCAUCAGCACACCCCGGCCAGCGUAACCGGCACCACCAACAACAACAAUAACAACUAUUCCGAAUUUCAAGCCCCGGCCACACAAUCACUGGAGAGCGAUAAGCCACCGUACAGCUACGCGCAGCUGAUCGUACAAGCUAUCUCGGCCUCGCCGGAGAAGCAGCUGACUCUCUCGGGGAUCUAUUCCUUCAUCUCGAAGAACUAUCCCUACUACCGGACCGGAGCAAACAAAGGGUGGCAGAACUCUAUUCGGCACAAUUUGAGCUUGAACCGAUACUUCAUCAAGGUACCGCGAUCGCAAGACGAACCUGGCAAGGGUAGCUUCUGGCGGAUAGAUCCGUCCAGCGAGCUGAAGCUGAUCGAUCAAAGCUACCGGAAGCGACGCCAGCGUGGUUCGCAAUGCUUUCGCUCGCCGUUCGGCAUGCCGCGCUCGGCGCCGGUCUCGCCCAGCUACACUGACAAUUCGCGUGAGUGUUCGCCUAUGAACGAGGAGCUGCUGAUGUCGGCUCCCGGCUCGCCCGGACCAAAUAACAGCGGCUACUCUGCCAACAACCACGACGGUUCUCAGCAGUCUUCGUACCAGAACCAGUACACCGCGUACGCGAGUGCCGAACACCAGCAGGCCGAAGUGUACGAGGAGGACGAGCAGCUCGAAUACGAAAGCGACGACUACGAGCCGGGCAACAAGCGCCAAAAGAUGUAACUUGCUCUGGUAUCCUCCGCCCGCACGCAAGGGCUCUCUGUGUGGAUACGUUGGUGUCGUUGGCUCGAUGGUACUCGAUGCUAACCUUAGAUUCCGUGAAUUGUCAGAAUUUUCCUUUCAGUUUAGUGAGCGCUUGUUGUAGUUUAUUCAAUUUUAUCGCUACGUUUAAUUUCAAAAGCACAGGAUGUGGGAUUCUAAUUGCGUUCCACCGUAAAGCUUAUGUAAUUUGGUAUUUAGAUUUUAGCAGCAGGCAAACUAAUGAAGUAUUUUGCUAAGCGUGAGUGAAGCCCUAUAAGCCAGCAGAGGUGGUACGGUAUGGUUGUACCGGUACCACCACAACAGUGUACGCAGUUGCUUGUAAUGGAAUGGAAAGCAAGAUGGAAUGCUUUACCCUCCCCCAAUCUGCAGAUGGUCAGAUUUUAAGCCUUUUUUUAAAAAAAUUAGUUCCGGCAAACAGCUGCUGUAGUAGCUCUGCUUGCGUUUGAUGAUUUUACUGGUGCAGCAAAUUGCCACAAACCCCACCCCCACACGAGAACUAUAGAAAGAACUAAAUGCUUCUUGAAACCAGCAAAAGCAACAACAAACACGUUGAUAAAACCCCCCCUUUUUUACGUUCACGUUUCUUCGUACGAUAUACUUUGCACUCAAGAACACUAUGUUCGUUUGUUUCGAAACGCCUCGUUUAAUGCAUGAAAAUAUUAAAAAAAAAGAAAAGAAAAUCACUAACAAAUCCGCCACAACUGUUGAGAUGAUCAAACAUUGUAUUUCUCCUUCACCACACGCGCACUUCCGCUAUAAGCGUUGAAUUCACAAUGACGAACAAUAUUUGCAAACAUGUCCUGUACUUUUUUUUUCUUCAAUUUUUGUUUCUCAAAAGAAUUUCAUUUUAAAAAAAAAACACAGUCCCUUUUACCUACACAGUGACGCGUCUAUGGGGUGAAUGUUGGAAGGGAUCUGCAUAGAAUUGGGAAAAUAAAUCAAGUAUGGCUCGCUUUGCAUUCAAACAUUGAACUUCGAGAGAAUCCGGCUAGCCAAAUCAUAGAUACAACUUAGAGAAAUUCAUGCCCCAACAAACAAACACAUCUUGAAUGCAACCCCGGAGACACUUCACCGUAGUUAUUAUUACAUCGUGACGCACAUUAUCUUUUGUUUUUUUUUCCUGUUUGGGGCAAAUCAACAACUCAAUCGUGUGUGUGUACUGGAGUGCAGAAAAGCAACAAAGCGGAAGAGGAAGGAUAAGAUGAAACACACAAACUUCAAGAUGAAAAGCGCGGGGUUUCAUCCGUUCACCAUUUACGUACAGCGUUUAUUGCAUUGUCAAUAUCGGCACACUGAUUCAAUUUCAACACUCGGUAUUAGCAUUAACACAAAAAGAAAUAUUAUGUUCGAUUUAAUUCAGCGUAUCGUUUUACUUGUACAGCAACACCUUUUUAGAACUUAGUGCAUUGUUGAAUGGAAGACGCACGUGUUUGGCUUGGCGAUCGAGAAUGUAUAUGGUUGAGAUAUAUACACAUUUUGGUGUAUUUAUUAAGUAUAAAAAAAAAAUCCUACGAGAGUCUCCUAACCUGUGGUGAGGAGCUCGGACGCGCACACCAGUGUUUGUCUUCUCCUGCUGGAGUAAACUAAGCGAAUGUGUUUUAUGUUGAUUGAGGAAAAAAUAAUGGUAAAUCGUGAACUCGAGAAGAAAAUGUGUUCGUUGUGACAUGGCUUUUUUUUCAACACUAGGGUAGGAAUAAGAGAAAGUAUAUAGCUUUAUGCUUUGAAUUAAGAUACCCUGUAUCACAAAUCCUCCACACCUUUCUGCCAGCAAAAAAGGAGAAGGUAUCAUUUAUAAAAAAAAACACACACACACACACACUAACAAGUUGUAAUUAAAAGUGAAAAAAAAAAACAUAACAAACUACAUGGAGAACAAACUCAGUGUAAGAAAAGAAAAGAAACAGGCAGUAGUGUAGCAGUCUUAUUUUUGUUUUUCAAAUGUUUCUACCCUUUCCCUUAUACCUUUGUCUUGGCUGUCUCAUUCGUCCGGGCAUCACAACACCACACCCCCCGUCUCUUGAGUUUUUUUGCCUACGCCCCAAAGAUUGAUGAAAACCCAAAUCAACCUGGCGCGGAUCGUACAUGUGUCAUUUUUUGUUUGUUUUUUAUUCGUUUUUCCUGUAAAUCCAUCCAAUCUUGUCUUCAAACAUAAUGCAUAGCUUACAAUAAGUUUUAGGAAAAAAAACAAACAAACAAACAAACUCCAUCUUGUGGUUCCAUGAAAGUUUCAGGAAUGGACGAUGGGGGAUGAUUAGAUGAAAUUAAGCAGGAUAGCGUAAGUCUCUUACAAAACAAUUAGCGUUAGUAUGUAUAGGGUGUACUCCCAUUAAAAAAAAAUCUUAUUUUUAGAUAAGGCAGUCUGUACCCGAUUUACGAGCGAUUCUGGACGUGCACGAGUUGGGCGGUAUGUGCAUUGUUGUACAUGUUUUGUUUGAUUUUUUUUUUAACAAGCAUCUUUAGAACAAAUUGUUCUAAUUUGACAAACCCAAUUGUCGAAUGCAUAACCAAAUGCGCCUUUCUAUUGAUAUUUUAAAAGAUUUGAAGCAAAAAAAAAAAGCUAAUUUCUUUAUGUUUUAAAAAAUUCAAAUAAAUCAAUUCAAUCUCUCACUGUUAUCAAAAUUACAUCUACUUAAGUAAAAAUGUGGCUAAACACUGCGAUAUUCGGCUUCGGUGGAUGUUCGAGUUAUGCCCGCGCGUCUUCGGGACGUAUGCAACACGUAACUCGGGAACAGAUUGUACAUAUAUACAUAUAGAUAUAUUCGUGUCGUUGUUAUAACAAAGCAUCGGGAACAUCAGGAUUCUUGUGAACAUACAUUAAAAUCAACGAUGAAAUGGAGACCAGAUCAUACACACACACACACACACACACACACACACACACACACCUUUUCGGCGUUUUUACAUUCAUCGUGAUAAGUGGAGAUUUGUAUUAUUUUUUUAAAAUAAUGUUUUUAUUGGACCGCAGCAUAGUAAAAACACCCCAGUCAUGCAACGGUUUGUCAUUAAGAAUGUGCAAAUUGACAACAAUAAGAAAGCAGCAGAAAAUUACAUCUCCCUUCCCCCCCACACUCCCCCUGCCCCCACAUCUUAUUGUAUGUUGCACGAUAUUUUACACAAAAAAAAAAUAUACGCACGAAACGAAAUGUAUAGUAAAAUAAAACUAAGACCAUUUGAUUGAGAUGUUAAUUCAUGAUUAGGUGUGUUCUGUAAGAAUUUGUGUCAGAAUAGAAAAAUGAGGAAAAUACAAACUAAAAUAAAAUCAAUCAAAUUGAUCCAGA